CAGAUUGAAGGAUACUGAAAAAAAUCACGUGGGCUGCAAAGAAAAACAUAAACAGCAGUGCUUACGGUUAAAUUUGCACUAUAUCUAACUCUGUAACGUAAUCCAGCUGCAUUGGAGUGCCGCUGGCCAGCUGUUAUAACGUCAUGAGUCCUUCCAAUGUUUCCUCCCAAGUUUCGAAGUAGCCACCGCCUCUACGCUCCACCGAAACUUGAAGACUCACCUGUCAGGCUUGAGAAGGACCCGCAGGGAAGAAAGAUUUCGUGGCUCGUCUGAAGAAAAGCUUUCACAGAAGCUGUCUUGAGUAACGAUGUGAAGUCGCUGACUGGUGUUAUUGAGGAACUGUUAAUAUUUUGAGAACCUCAGCUGGGACGUUAAUGUCACCGCGGUCAGCUUGUGUUUAUUACCAUUAAAAGUUGAGGCGCAUAGGCACUUCCGGGUUGGAAAGAAUCUUGCCCAGGAUCACCAUGGUUGAUAUUCAGAUGGAUACAUUGAAAUCCACAGAUGAAUUCGAUGGAGCAUCGGUUUCACGUGCUCGUGGGGGGACAUGUGUUACACAUGGUGAUGCCAACAUGAAUUCCAGUCCAACCGAAGCAGAGAGUCUCCUGCAACACAAAAAUGGUACUAAUGGAGUGCAGACAUCUUCACAUGAUGUAGAGUCUCAAAAAUCUGGAAAGGACUGCACUAAGCGUGGGAUAAAGAAAGAGCUGAAUGAGAAAGUCUUCUGGGAAAUUAGAUUAUGGAUGGUCAUAAUAUUCAUCCUCAUUGUCGUCAUUGCAGUGAUUUUUACUUCACUGGCUAUAUGUGCAGCGAUCCAUCAGGAUGAGGAUGACAUAUUUGACCCUUCGUCGUUUACAGUCAUUCAGAAUUUCCGUGGGAGCUUCCAGAUGCCAAACCAGGUCUUCACAGAGGAACUCACCACCAAUUCUUCCAAUAAAAGCCAAACACUGGCUACAGAACUAGGAGCAAAGCUCUCUGACCUCUACAAAACCUCAUCUGCACUGGGGCGAUACUUCAUCAACGCAGAGAUACGCGCUUUCAGGAACGGUUCAGUCAUUGCUGACUACAAGCUGACAUUUCACAUGCCUGAAGAGGAGAAGGAUCCGCUGAGGAAUUUUACUCUGAGCAGGGAGAUGGUGUACAACGUGUUCAGACAGUUUCUUUAUGACCAGGAAUCUGAAUCGGACCCAAUGUUCAUUGACCCAGCUUCCCUAAAAAUGGUUUUAGGAAACUAAGGACAAGAAGUUUACAGCGAGACCAGAAAACCAGUUCUUGGUUUCUUUUUAGUUUUUAUGAGCCACUAAACCUCCAUGAUGUCACGUCGAUGUCAUUGUUUUCUCAUGAGUCUGCAUAUGAGACGUCUUUACCACAGGAGGCUACAUGACCAUAGUUGCGCCACCCCGCAAGUAAUGGUAGUCAUGUGCGUGUUUGUGUGCAGGAUAUUUUUUUAAGGUUAAAAUAUAACCUCACAAACUCACAAAAAAUGGAAAACAAACACAAAAAACAUUUUUUAUUGAAAGAAAUACAUUGAGAUAUUGUACUUAAGAUUUCACUGUGUUUUACUGUUCAUAGUUUACUGCAUUUACAUGUCAGUUCUUUAAGUUCCUCGACUCUCACUGUGAUAUUUGUACAUAAGAAAACUGGUGUAUAUUUGUAAUGGAAGUAUUGAAUUUAUCUGUGCCAUUAUUUUUGGGCUUUGCGACUUCAUUUGCAAAGCCCUAAAACACAAUUCAAUCAACAGUUUAAUAGGAAAUGAACAGGAAAAUGAGGCAUUUGCUUAUUAUUACAUAAAGGCUGUGCAUCCCUUAUAAACUGUGCACUCUAUACACAAAUUGUUUUGUGUACUAUAGCACGAGAACAGUUUUAUUUGGCAAGCAAAUAGUUGGGACCCUGUUUUCCCCUUCACUGUUUGUUUUGGUAGUUGAACACUAGGGGGAGCAUUCUCCACCGGACAGUUGAGGGAUUUUGUCUCUCUUUUGAGUCCUUUCUCUGGCUCAGUUUACAGAGAACGGGAAUUCACAUUGUAAAUACUUUACAGAGCAGGGAGCAGGUUAUUGCAACGGUUUUGGCAACAGUUUAUGUUGUAUAUUUUUAAUUUAUUUUUUGGCUACUGUGUCAGUGAUUGUGUCUGUAUGUCUAAGAUGACAGCUGUAAUAAAUGUUUGUAUUUCCAAGGAUAGUUGCUCCACACCAGACAUUCAGUUCUCUUCACUUUAACUUGUUGAAUUUCCAAGAAUGUGUUUCCCAAAUAAAGAUAUUACAGUCA